GGUCCUUUCCCCUUGGCAUUUCGUUGCAAGAAGUGUCGUGCGUGGCAUUCAUGCUGAUUUAUAGUCAAAAAAGUAUUAUACAUCGCAGACAAGGAGCGAAAUUAUAAUGUCAGAACACGUGCUACCGGCCGAGGAACCGAUACGGUUCAUAUCCCCGGUCAUUCAGGAUAAUCCGACAGGAUGGGGACCGUGCGAAAUGCCGGACCAGUUUCGGGACAUGCCGUAUCAACCGUUCAGCAAAGGCGAUCGGCUGGGCAAAAUAAGUGAUUGGACCAUGGUGCAGGACAAGAAAUACCAAAAUAAGUAUGCAUCCCAGUUUGGCGCAGGAUCGUCAUAUGCAUACUACCAUGAUGAGGAUGAAUCAACGUUCCACCUGGUUGAUACAACUAGAGAUCAAAAGCCGCCGUACCAGCGUGGACGUGCACGUGGUCGCGGCCAGCGCGGCCAACGCGGCGCGCGCACGCCAGGCGGCAUGACCACGCUGAAUAAGCAACGUGACCGCAAGAUGGGCAAGCGCUGGGGCCAACGCGGCGCUCCGAUGAAGAUCCGAGACGCGUCCGUCACCGUGCGCCCCACCUGGGUCACCAUCGAGGACAUGGACUUCCCUAGACUCGCCAAGCUUUCCCUGCCUGGCAUUAAGGAGGGUGAGGACAUCGCGUGUUGUGGCGUGCUGGAGUACUACGACAAGGCGUACGAUCGCGUCAACGUCAAGCACGAGAAGGCUCUGCAGCGCAUCGAUCGCAUCUUCCAUACGGUGACGACGACCGACGACCCGGUGAUCCGGCGGCUGUCGAAGACGACCGGCACGGUGUACGCCACCGACGCCAUCCUGGCCACGAUCAUGUGCUGCACGCGCUCCAACUACUCAUGGGACAUCGUCAUCGAGAAGAUCGGUGAUAAACUGUUCCUGGACAAGCGCGACAACACCGAGUUCGACCUGCUGACGGUGAACGAGACGUCCGUGGAGCCCCCGGCCGACGAUGCCAACUCCAUUAACUCGCCGCGCAACCUCGCGCUAGAGGCCACCUUCAUCAACCACAACUUUAGCCAGCAGGUGCUGAAGUCCGGUCCGACGGAGCCCAAGUACAAGUUCCCCGAGCCCAACCCGUUCGUGUCCGAGGAGGAGGAGGGCGAGGUGGCCUCCGUGGGCUACCGCUACCGCAAGUGGAACCUCAACAACGGCGUGGUUCUGGUAGCUCGGUGCGAACACGACGCCGUUAUGCAGGGGCCUCAAAACGAGACCCAGUUCCUCACCAUCAAGGCCCUGAACGAGUGGGACAGCAAGGUCGCCAACGGCGUGGAGUGGAGACAGAAGCUGGACACACAGCGGGGAGCCGUGCUGGCCAACGAGCUGCGGAACAACUCGUGCAAGCUCGCCAAGUGGACCGUGCAGGCGCUGCUGGCCGGCUCGGACCAGAUCAAGUUCGGCUACGUGUCCCGCACGCAGGUGCGCGACAACGCGCGCCACGUGAUCCUCGGCACGCAGCAGUUCAAGCCGCACGAGUUCGCGGCGCAGAUCAACCUGUCCAUGGACAACGCCUGGGGCGUCCUGCGCUGCAUCAUCGACAUCUGCAUGAAGCAGAAGGACGGUAAAUACCUAAUCAUGAAGGACCCGAACAAGCCCCUGAUCCGCUUGUAUGACAUCCCGGACAACACGUUCGAGUCCGACGCCUCCGAGGAGAGCGGCGACGAGCCCGCCGACACACCAUUCGCCCCUCUCUAUUCUUACGGAAACAACAAGAGGAUUUAAACCUUACGAUCAUAAUCUUAGGGUGCUAAUUCACGUGACGCUAAACAAAAACACACGGCAUUAAUUAGAUUGAACCCUACGCGCCUAUACAUAAGGUAAUAAAUACCUUGUUCAUUUUUCAUUAGCCACAAAUCAGCUACUCUCUAGACGUAACAGGUUUCUAGUGUAUUUAUCACAGUUUAAUAAGUAUUCAAUAUGUAUUUCAUAUUUUUAUUCAACAGAAUACAAUGUUAUGGUCACA